AUGAGAGCACCUGAAUUUCGAGGUGAUUCGGAUACUAAUUCGAUGGCUGCUGGUUUCUGGUUGAAUGAUGUCAAGAAUAUGCUCAACAGGGUUCUUUAUGAUGAUCAAGGAAAGUUGGAUGGGGUUAUGUCUCUACUGAUAGAGCAAGCCAGUGUGUGGUGGAAUACGGUCGUAGCACGAGUUUCCACUGAGCAGAUUACAUGGGAAUUCUUUCUGAGGGAAUUCAUGGAAAUGUAUAUUGGGGACGUGUUUGUCAAUGAGAUGAUGCAACAGUUCCUAAACUUAAAGCAAUCCGGCAAAACAAUUUAUGAGUACGAAUGUGAAUUUCACAAGCUGAGUCGAUUUUCUUCGGAGUUUAUUCCGACUGAGAAAUCUAGAAUUGAUAGAUUUGUUUCUGGGUUAGAUUCUCAGUAUAAGAGAAUUUUGGUUUCCCAUCAUUUUACUGCUUUUCAAGAAGUAGUUAACAAGGCUAAAGCUAUGGAACAGCAAUUGAAGAUAAAGGAGAAAACGUGGCUAUUGAGGCAUGCUGGAGAAAUUGUUGCUGUAGCAUUCUGGAGAUGA